UCCAGCACCCCGAUUUUGUUGUACGAAAAGAAGGAGACGAGAGGAGAAUAGAAAAUGAUGCCCUAAUUUCCGUGUUAACCACAAUUAACUUUCCUCUAUUAUCCAACCUUCCCUUUAAAUUCUCCUUUCUAUCAUCCAAAGAUCACUCUAUUGCAGAGUCUUAUCUGUUUCUGCAUGUCCAAUGCUUCAUUCUAACGUACAAAACCAUAAUUUUGAAUCUGAAUAAUUCUUAAACAACCCGGAGAGAUUAGAAGUAAUAAAAUCACCCAUAUCGGUUCUUUAUUUUGUUCGUGCGUAUUUAGCCCCAUCGAAGUUUCUUCAUCUGGGUGUUUGUUUAUUGGAUCCGGGGCAUUGUAAGAUUUGAUCUUUCGAACAUCAUAUGGUUAUCGAACGUACCCAUUUUCUGGGUAAUUGGGAAUGGUUGCCUCAGGUUUCACAGUCCCGUUUCUAGGGUUUAUGUGGGUUGUAUUUGGAGGAUACCCUCUGACUCGAAACGAGUUUGACCGCGAAAAGAUCGAAUGGUUGCCUCAGGUUUCACAGUCCCGUUUCUAGGGUUUAUGUGGGUUGUAUUUGGAGGAUACCCUCUGACUCCAAAGGAGUUUGACCGCGAAAAGAUCGAAUGGUUGCCUCAGGUUUCACAGUCCCGUUUCUAGGGUUUAUGUCGGUUGUAUUUGUGGGAUACCCUCUGACUCUAAACGAGUUUGACCCCGAAAAGAUCGGUUCUUGGUGAUCGCAGUGUUCAAUUUAAUGAGUACUGGGAUCGAUUCUUUUUUCGAGGGAAUAUUUUCUUUUUACCUGUGAGAUUUAUCCGUUUAAUAUUUUCUUUAUUUUUCUUUUGAUGGUGAUCUACCAUUUCAAGAUUCUGGUGUUAUUAUGUUUAGAUUAAAGAACUGUGAAGGCCCUGUGCGGUUCUUGUAUCAGCAAGCUCGGCAUCACUCUCACCAUAACAAUCUCAUGGCUUAUUUAGUAGGUUUCGAUCCUUGCUCUCGCUUGAGCAGGGCCUUUUCGCAGUACCCUUCUCUCUCUUCUUCUGAUCGUGGCUGCUAUUUGUCUUUCCCACUUCUCCAUAAACUUGUUUAUGCUAAUGUUUUUGGGGUUAGAAGAAGCAUUGGUUUUGGUCGUAGAGGUUGUGGCUUUGAUACUAAUGGUAGUUGUAGUGGUAAUGGUGAUUGGAUCUUUGUGAGGGCUAAGGCGAGGUCCCGUGGCUUUGCAUCGAAUCGUCACCCCCCGAUGUUGGCUGAUUUGGAGCGAAGGAAUUCUGUUAAGGGUGACGAAUUUGAUGCUACUGUGAUCAAGAUUGAUAACGGAUCUGUAAAUGGAAGUCCUGCUAAACCUCCUUGUUUCAAUGAUCACCGGUUGUCCCAGAAAGUGGUUGUUGCCGUUGAUGUUGAUGAGGUAUUGGGAAACUUCGUGUCAGCUCUCAACAAGUUCAUUGCAGAUCGAUAUUCAUCCAAUUAUUCAGUUUCUGAAUAUCAUGUAUACGAGUUUUUUAAGAUAUGGAAUUGUUCACGUGAUGAAGCUGACAUCCGUGUACAUGAAUUUUUUAAGACACCAUAUUUCAAGUCAGGGAUCCACCCUCUUCCAGGUGCUCAUACGGCUCUUCAGAAGUUAUCAAGAUUUUGUAGCCUAUCAGUUGUAACUUCACGGCAGAAUGUAAUUAAGGAUCACACAAUCGAGUGGAUAGAGAAGAAUUUUCCUGGACUGUUUCAUGAGAUUCACUUUGGUAACCACUUUGCUCUUGAUGGUGUGUCAAGACCAAAGUCAGAAAUUUGUAGGUCCUUAAAUGCCAAGGUUCUUAUCGAUGAUAACCCUCGUUAUGCCCUAGAGUGUGCUAAUGUUGGAAUUAGGGUCCUGCUCUUUGAUUAUGAAAAUUCAUAUCCUUGGUGCAAGAGCGAGUCUGCGGAAGAACACCCUUUGGUGACCAAAGUAAAGAACUGGGACGAAGUGGAACAACAAUUAAUGUCAUUGAUUGCCUCUUAGUCUUUAAAUCCUGUGACAAGAAUUUGUGGAAAAUCACCCUUUCUACAUGAAGUUCUUGUUGUUAGAAACAUGUUAUAUAUAUAUAGAUAUUCUUCAAGACAUGAACUCACUUGAAGUGGCUGCAAGAGGACCACCCAGAGGUUUAGGUAGGGUGAUCUUAAAGAACUCUAAAUAACAGGAAUAUGAUUUUUCCAUUUUGAGCAACUUAAAGGAAGAUUGGAAUAGGAGGGUUGUUCAUUUUGGCGUAAGCUAUGGUGAAUUUACCAUACGUAUAACCAGGCUAAGAUUUGUAUAGACCCUCUAUGAAUGUUGGAGGAAAAUCUAAGUAAUGUUUCUUAGGCUAUCCUACAUUCAAUCUUAACUAUCAAAUUUAUGAUCUCUGAUGUUGAACAUUGAUUAUACAUGAAAUACAAGUGCAAAACCUCGGGUUUUAAUCA